AAGCAGUACGGAUUACGUAGGUUAUUUGCUCUCUCUAUGUCUCUCUUCCUCUCUCUCCUCUGUGCUGUUCUCUUUCCCUUUCAAUGCAUAUUGGGUGAUGGCUGCCGCCAUUCAAUUGCAUUCUCUGGUGUGAAGCAGUGCUCUCACACUUGUACAGAAGGCCCCUUCACAGUGGUGUUGGAGACGUGGCAUGGGAAGCAAUAGCUCGGAUGGUGUCACGGCGGGAGUUACUAGCAGAGGGGAGGGGCGAGAAGUGAGAAAGCGCAUCAAUUCUUGGCUGCUGUUGUUCUAACGGAGAUUACUUGUGCUGUAUUAAUGGAUAACAUCCAAGUCUUUCGGCCAUUCUCCAGGGUUUUUGGCAGGAUAAGGCCGAGCCCUCCAUGGCGUCCCCAUUGUUAGCUGCUCUCAAAUCCAUAGCAAGGUCACUCUCUCGAGGAUCGCCUGGACAAGUUCCUCGACGCGAACAUCACCAAUCACCAGAUCUGGUCGCGUGGAACGCACGAUGGCGAUUUGGAAGAGCUCGACCGCCUCUUUUAACUAAUGCCCCUCUGGAACACAGUCUCGUGGACAGCUUUGCUCGUCGCCUACGCUCAAAGAGGCUACGUCGAGAAAGCCAAGCUGGGACCUCGUCUGCAACAAUGCGCUGCUAAACAGCUAUGGCGAGAGAAAGCCAUCAUUUUCUUUCAGGGGAUGAAACAGCGGGGUCGUCCUGGAACUCGAUGCUGGGAUUAAUGAUCCAUGCCGGAGCAAGACCUUUUGUCUUACAAUCUCCUGCGCACAACCGGGCUCGUCAGCUCCCGCAAGGAAAGAAAAUCUUCGACAAAAUGCCUUACCCGUGAACAACAUCCAGGGCGCCUAUGCACACCACGAGGACGUCUCUCGGACAAAGAGCCUGUUUGAUGCGAUGCUGUCGAGAGAAAUCACCUCCUGGAACAUAAUACUCUCGAUCUUCUGCGCCACCUUCCAGCUCGAGAAAAGCACUUGAAACGCUGUUUGAUUCCAUGCCGGAGUUUAAUGUCGUCUCCAUGCUCACUGCCUACGUGAGCUUCGGUCAUCUCGAAGAAUCCAAGAGCUUGUUCGAUAGGUCCGAGACAAGCACCAGAUUGCCUGGAACGCAAUCAAAGUGUGCCAGAAAGUUUGACCUUCAAGGAAAAUCCUUUCUCGAUUUAAGGGUUCUUGGGCCGGGCGAAAAUGCGGCAUUUGGCAUGGGCGGAGAGGAUUUGUCCUGGGCGUCCCGCAUCAGAUCGUGUCACACACUCUUGGCCGCCAGAGACCUCCACUCCCGAAUCCUCCGCCCAUCGCGCUACGUCUCCAAUCUCCUCAUCGAGAUGUAUGGACGGCUGGGCGAGCCGGGGAUCGCCCACGCCGCCUUCCUCACCAUCCCUCCCGCCGCGAAGAACAUCUUCUCUUGGGCGCUCAUGCUCUGGGCCUACGCUCGCAACCACAGACCCGACCAAGCCCGUGAGAUCUUCGAUCAAAUGCCGCUCCACAACCUCGUCGCCCACAACGCGAUCCUCUGCGCGGCUGCCCAGUCCGGGCAUUUGCAAUCCGCCAAGGAGAUCUUCGACGCGAUGCCAGAAUGGGAUCUAGUCUCACACAUCACACUGCUGCGAUCGUAUGCCGAGGGGGAGAACCUCGACGAGGCGAUGCGCGCGCUGGAGCGCAUGGAAGAAAGAACCCUAAUCGCUGCCACGGCUAUGCUCAGCGCAUAUGCCCGGCACGGGCAUCUCCACCAGGCAAAAGCAGUGUUUGAUUCGAUGCCCUGGCACGACCUAGUUUCCUGGAACGCCAUGCUAACCGGUUACGCCAUCAACGGCGAGCUUGCUUCCGCGGAAGCAGUGUUUGCCGCCAUGGAAGAACGGGACGUGGUUUCGUGGAACUCUAUGCUCUCUGCAUAUGCCGCGAGUGGGCAUGUUCUGAAAGCCGAGCGUGUGUUUCGUGACAUGAGGGUUCAUGAUGUUGUUUCUGGAAACGCCAUGCUGGCUGCGUAUGGGCUGCACGGGCAAUUGCAAAAGGUGGCGGCAGUGUUCCAGGGAAUGCUGGAGAGGAAUCUUGUGACGUGGAAUCUCAUGCUGGUUGCGUAUUCGCAGCGGGGGCAGAUCGAGAUGGCGCAGUGCACGUUUGAUUCCAUGCAGCGAUGGAACGUCGUGUCCUGGAACGCGCUACUCGCCGCUUACGCCAAGAACAGCGGCGAUGAUCUCCAGUGGAGGCGCGUCUUCGACUCCAUGCCGCAGCGCAAUCUCGUGUCGGUGAACGUUUUGCUGUGUGGAUUGAUCAGCGCGGGGCAGCUGGGCGAGGCCAGGAUGGUGUUCGAUGCCAUGGAGGAGCGCGAUCUCGUGUCCUGGAACUCGAUGCUCUCGGCGAUGGCGGCGCAGGGCGACGCCCGGGGGGCCAAGGAGCUGUUUGACGAGAUGCACGAGCGCAAUCUCUCGUCGUGGACGGCGCUCAUCUCGGCGCAAUCCCACACGCGCGCGCUGGAUUCGUUCCGGGAGCUCCAAUUGGAGGAGACCCCCGACGCGGUCGUGUUCCUGGUGAUGCUCAAUCGAGCGUGCAGCCACUCGGGGGGGAUCUCCACUGGGCUGGGCUUGCUGAGGAGCAUGAGCGCGGAUUUUGGGCUGGAUCCGAGCAAGCGCCACUACUCGUGCGUGAUCGAUCUGCUGGCACGAGGGGGAUUCCUUGGGUGUGCGCGGGAUUUGCUCGGCAGCAUGCCCUUUGCGGCCGACGCGGUGGAUUGGCGAUGCUUCCUGGCCGGAUCAGGGGAUGGAUUCGCCAAAAGAACCGCUGUUCUUGGCAUGGAUUCGUGGAGCGCUGCCUCGUACGUGCUACUGGCAAAUGCGUACUCGUGAUUGGAUCUAUCAAAAUCGGAAAUUUUUUUUUCCUCUCCAGGAGAUUGACAACAAAUUUGAUUUCUUUUUUCAACUCCUGAGCUAGAACAAUCACAAAUUGAUAUUUUUCCGAAGGGAACAUGAAACGAACAUCGAUCUGGCAUAGAAAGACUACAAAAUUUGGAUCGGCGCCGCCAGUCGAAGCGAUAAUUUGGGCCUCGAUCUGGAA